AUGGAGGCGCUGGUGGGGCGGGCCGUGCGGAAGGCGUUCCCGGGGUACGGCACCUUCGCGGGCGUCGUGGAGUCGUACGACCCCGGCGCGGGAUACUUCCGCGUGCUCUACGAGGACGGAGACUCCGAGGAGGUCGACGCCGACGGGAUGGCCGAGAUUCUCGUCGGUCCCGCGAUGCCGAGCGCUCUGCAGCAGCUGCAACACACCCCGCCGCGGGACGCCGCCGGGAGGCGCCCCAAGAAGCGCCGCCGCGGGGACGGCGACGGCGACGAGGACGACACAUCCCCGACCCCGACCACGAACCCGAGCCCCGACUGCGUCGUGCUGGCCGUCCCCGCCACCGCGAGUGAGGAUACCGAGCCCGCGACGCCCGCCGAGGGGGCCGCGGCGGAGAAGAAGCGGAGGGUCAGCCCCGGGCCUGAGUCGUCCAGGCCGCCGCGGCGGAGCGCGCGGCAGGCGAAGGCGGCCGAGCGCGUGGCCGAGAUGGAGGCGGCGGCGGCCGUGGCGGCUGCCGCGGAGGCCGAGGAGGAGGCUGCUGCGGCAGCUGUGGCUGCGGCUUCGACGCCGCAGCAGUCUGGGAGGAAGCGGCCCCGCGUGACCGGGAGUGGACGGUACCGCUCCGUGUCCAGGGAUUUGCAGGAGGCCGCGGUGAAGGAACUGCCGCCCAAGCCGGAGCUGCCACCCUCGUCGCAGAGUCUGGAUUUGGGCGGCCUCCCUGUUCUCGAUGUCUUUCAAGUCUACUCCUGCUUAAGGUCAUUCAGCAGGCAGUUGUUCCUCGGCCCGUUUUCACUGGAGACAUUUGUGGCUGCGCUGCGGUCCACCAAUGUCAACCCGUUGAUUGACUGGGUGCAUUUCGCUCUGCUGCGGGCUCUCAAGAGCCACCUGGAGGAUUUCGCCAAUGAAGGAGACCCGUCGGCAGUACACUGCAUUAGGAAUCUUAACUGGGAGCUGUUAGACCUAGCAACUUGGCCAAUCUAUCUUGCUGAAUACUUGCUAACCAGGGGCACAGAAUUGAGGUAUGGUAUGAAGCUUACAGAUUUAAGUCUGCUGAGUACAGGGUACUAUAGGCAGCCCGCAGGGGUAAAACUUGAGCUACUGCGACCACUCUCUGAUGAUGUUCUGGAGAUUGGGGCUAUACGGUCAAGGUUGUCAGAGUCAGAUGGAAACGAUGAGGGCUUCCGAGGCACUGCUGUAAGAAGAAAAAAGAGGGGCUCUUCUGCUAAGGUUGCAGUGGAUUCUUCUCAAUUUCCAGAAGGAUCUGCUGAAAUGGAUGAUGGAAACAGUGAUGAAUGUUACCUUUGUGGGAUGGAUGGCAAUUUGUUAUGCUGUGAUGGCUGUCCAGCUGCAUUUCAUUCGAAAUGUGUCGGGGUGGUGGAGGAUCUUUUGCCUGAAGGUGAUUGGUAUUGUCCCGAGUGCUUAAUACAGAAGAAUGAUGGAUCUAGAAAUAUUGCAAAUCCUAUGAGAGGAGCAGAGAUUCUAGGAACCGAUCCACACGGCCGACUAUACUUUUUCACUUGCGGCUAUCUUUUGGUGGUUGACUCAUGUGAUGGGAACUCUCCAUGUUAUUAUUAUGGUCAGAUCGAUCUUCAUCCCCUUGUUACAGUUUUGAACGCAUGUCAUCCUUUAUACAGCUCAAUGGUUAACACAAUUUCUUCAUUUUGUGGUACUGCAAUCAAGUCAUCCAAUCUUAGCAGUCGUUACCAGAGUAGCAGGGAAUGUAGUACAUCUGAUGCUGAGACAGACUCAAAACAUUUAUCACUAUUGAAGGAGCCUAGUGAGCAUGAUCAGUUUAAGGUAGAACAAGGAAACUCCUUUGAACACUUGGAUUCUGGAAAAGCUUGCACCUCAAAUUCUGAUGAUUUGGAUCAAGAUUUGUCACAGCAUAGCAUUAAACUAAGAUCUUCACUUAUGUCUCGAAGUGGAAAUGCUGCUGAAGGUGAUUCGAAUCAAAUACCUCAAAAUAGAUCCUCUAGUGAUAAGAAUGAUAACUGCAAUUCCCAAAAAGAUAUUGUUUAUUCACAUGCUAAUGGUUCGCUUGCAGAGAAUCAGAAAGAUUCACCACCUAAGGAAAAACCAAGAGAUUGGCAGGUCCAUUCUGAUCCUGCUAGGUACAUAAACUAUUACAGUUUCGGUCAAAUAGCAGCUAACGCUGCCGAAGAGCUAAAACACAAGCUGUCUGAAAACAAGGACGGGAAGAAACCUGUUCAGGAUGUACUCUCGUUCCAUCUGAGAACAAUAUGUAAAAAGUAUGCUAACAUUUUUGCACUAACUGAUCAAAAGCUUUCUGCUGAACUGCUUAAAGAAAAAUGUGGAUGGUGCAAUUCCUGCCAAAUUAGUGGCGGCGUCGAUUGCAUUUUCAGAGUAACUGAUAUUAAGUACAUGGAAGGCCCUAAGCCACAUACUCUUGAUCUCAGAGCAGAAAAUAAUAUGGAUAGCCAUAUCAUCCUUGCUAUGCAUAACAUUUUGUCAAUUGAAGAAAGGUUGAAUGGUUUGCUGAGUGGCCCUUGGCAAAAUCCACAAUAUAGCAUUUGUUGGCGCAAGGCGGUCCUCAAGGCUUCAGAUGUGUCAUCACUUAAGCAGCCUCUUCUAACGUUAGAGUCUAGUCUGCGACGUGUUGCCAUUACUGCAGAAUGGCAGAAACCGGCAGACUCUGUUGAAGUUGUUGGUUCGGCAGCUCAUAUCUUGGUCCGCUCGUCUAAUAAAUCUCUAAGUCAUGGAAGUGCUAGAAAGCCAGGGAGAAAGCCGUCUCCUAAUGGUGAACUUAAAGUUGACUCUCGUGAUGUUGGUGUUUAUUGGUGGAGGGGUGGAAAAUUAUCUCGUCAAGUGUUUCAUUGGAAGAGGUUGCCUCAGUCAUUGGUCAACAAAGCUGCUCGGCAAGCUGGACGUAGGAAAAUUCCCACGAUUUUAUACACCGAUGGUUCACAAUUUGCGCGGAGGUUCAAAUACAUAGCCUGGCAAGCUGCUGUGGAAAUGGCAGAAAAUGCGGCCCAGCUCAUUUUGCAGAUUAAAGAACUUGAAUGGAAUAUCAAGUGGACUGAGAUACUGAGCACUCUCCCUUCUAGCCUCAUGACCAAAGAAACACAGAAAAUAGCUAGGCUUUUUAAGAAAGUUAUAAUUCGCAGGAAACGCAUUGAAGGAACAAAUGUUGAAUAUCUGCUUGAUUUUGGAAAGAGGGAGAACAUUCCUCCUGUUAUUUCUAAACAUGGAACAAAACUUGAGGAACCCUCCAGCGAGAGGAACAGGUACUGGUUAAGUGAAGGCCAUGUCCCUCUGAAUCUGUUGAAGGCUUAUGAGGCUAAAACAUUUGCUCGUUUACUGAAAAAGAAAGAAACUGAUGAACUACCUAAGAAGACUAAGAAAAUGCGUGUCCCGAAACCCGAAAUGCCAAGAAAGACAGGCUUUGAUUACCUCUUUGAAAAAGCAGAAAAAAGAUCCACCAUGUUUUGUGGUCAUUGCCACAAAGAAGUGAUUGCAAGUGAAGCUGUUAACUGCCAGUAUUGUGCAGCUAUUUUCCAUAGAAAACAUUUCAAGGUCCCUAGAGGUGCUAGAAAUGCUGUUUAUGUUUGCAAUAAGUGCUUAGAUGAGAUGGUCUUAAAGGUGGAGUCUCCUCAGAAAAAGGCUGCACCAAAGAAGCCAUCUCCCAAAAAGAAGCAGAAGAAACAAAAUAAGCAGAAGAAACAAAAGAAGCAAUCACGCAAGAUUGAGACCAGGAGGAAUCAGAUAGUUCUGAAAUACAAAAAGAAAAUUGGCAAAAAGGGUAAGCGUGGCCGGCCCAGGAAGAACCCACCAGGUCUGUCAAAGAAUGAAUCAUCAAAGAUUCUUGAAAGUGAACCAUCAAAUGUUUCCAAAAAUGAACCAGUGAAACGUAUAUCAAAACGAUUGUAUGAUAAAUACAUGAAAGGUAACACAAAUGUAUCCGAGAAUGCAGCUAGCUCUCGCAAGAGGAAGAGGACUGCUUCGCAGUAUUCAUACUGGUUGAAUGGCCUCCGAUGGACACAAAAUCCACAUGAUGAACGGGCAAUAAGUUUUAGGAAAGAAAGAGUAGUUUUUCCAUCAGAAGAUGCUGAAAUUUCUGAAGUCAGCCCAGUAUGCUGCUUGUGUGAGAAAUGCUAUUGUGAAGAUGAUAUUUAUAUUGCCUGCGAAAAAUGUGAAGACUGGUUUCAUGGGGAUAUAUUUUCUGUUACUAUUGAGAACGUGAACAAUCUCAUUGGUUUCAAGUGCCAUAGAUGCCGCCUGAGAAGUCUACCUGUCUGCCCAUAUGCAGAGACUGUAACAAUUCUCAAAGGUCAGUCAGAUAAGGAUCAUGGCAUCAAGUUUGUAGAUCACAGUGUUGACAAGUUCGUGGAGGAUGAGGAUCCCAAUUGUCCAAAAGAUCUUGGUGCUCUGGGUAUUCUGCAAGAGCUUCAUGAUCAUGACAUCGAGCGAAGGCUCAAUGGUCAUAUUACUGAGAUAGAAUUCAGUUACAAUAACUGUCUAGAGGAGUUGAAUGAUCAUGGCAGUUUGAAAGAGUUUGAUGCUCAUAGCACUGAGAAAGAUCCGGAGGAUGAUAAAAGUUUGAAAAAGGUAGACACCAAUAAUGAGUUGAAGGAGCUUGAUGAUCCUGGCUCCGAGAAAGAACCUGGUGAUCAUUAUUGUCCAAAAGAUCUCAACAGUCACAUCAAUCUGAAAGACCUUGACAACAGUAGGACUGACAAAGAGAUUAAGAAUGAUAAUUGUCUGAAUGAACUAGAUGGAGACAACAAUUGGAAACAGUUUGAUGCUCAUAGCACUGAGAAAGAUCCGGAUGAUGAUAAAAGUUUGAAAAAGGUAGACACCCAUAAUGAGUUGAAGGAGCUUGACGAUCCUGGCUGCGAGAAAGAACCUGAUGGAAACAACAAUUGGAAAGCACUCGACAGCCAUAACAGUCAAGAGGAGCUUGACACUACAAAUAGCAAGUUUUCUCCUAAAGAAAUACAAUGUCCUAUGGAACUCGAUGGUUUUAGUAGCCUGAAGGUUGUUGAUCAUAACGUUUUGGAAGAGCUUGAUAAUCAUAACUGUCUAAAAGAGAGUGUUAAUAAAAAUAGUUCUAAAGAGCUAGACAAUAAUGAAAGUCCAAAAGAUUCAGGUGACUUUCUAGCAGAACACUUCAACAACAUUAGGAUAUCUGGCAAAGAGGCACUGGUCAGUACACCUGAAACUGAUUCAGUAAAUGAAUCUCUUGGUUUGCAAUCCAAGGAUGAUUCUGGGAAGACUGUUCCUACUGGGCAUGAGAUUGACCUUCAGGUGGUGGUGACUUUAUAA